CAGUGUGAACACUACGGCUGCCUCUGCUCUUUCUCUGGUUGUCGCUCCCCUGCAGGCUGCGUGGACACAAAUCGACACAACAUAGCGAGCUUCUAACUUUUGUUUUAAACUGUUUCUGCGCGUUUAAACUCAAAGCUCGCGACACGGACAAAUGGCUCAACCUUUUCAUAACAUUUCAGAAGACGAUACACGAUUGAGACCUGAAGGUGGAUUUCUCUAAAAUUGUGCCACAACUUCAAACAAAUCAACAGCGGAACAAGUUGUAAACGAGAUAAAGGAAUCCGCCAGAUCUGCUCUGCGCCUCUGAAGGUCCAAGUCAAGAUGUCUGUCAGCAACCACGAAAACAGAAAGUCGCGCUCCAGCUCUGGCUCUAUGAAUAUCCAUCUCUUCCACAAGACAUCCCACGCCGACAGCCUGUUGACGCAGCUCAACUUACUGCGCAAGCGAAAAGUCUUCACAGAUGUCGUACUGAAGGCUGGAAACAGAUCGUUCCCCUGCCACCGAGCUGUGCUGGCCUCCUGCAGCCGAUACUUUGAGGCCAUGUUCAGCGGUGGUCUCCGGGAGAGUCGAGACGCUGAUGUGAACUUCCAUGACUCUCUCCACCCAGAGGUUCUGGAGCUCUUGCUUGAUUACGCGUACUCAGCCCGAGUUAUCAUCAACGAGGAGAAUGCAGAGUCGCUUCUUGAAGCUGGGGACAUGCUUCAGUUUCAUGACAUCAGGGAUGCAGCGGCAGAGUUUCUAGAAAAGAAUCUCCACCAGUCAAACUGUCUGGGGAUGAUGCUGCUGUCGGAUGCCCAUCAGUGCCAGAGACUGUACGAGCUAUCAUGGAGGAUGUGCCUGGCAGACUUUGCUACUUUGUUCAAGACAGAGGACUUCCUCAGUCUGCCCAGAGACAAAGUCCAGGAGCUGAUUCUGAGUGAGGAGCUUGAGGUGGAGGACGAGAGCUUGGUGUAUGAGGCUGUUAUUGACUGGGUGAAGGCAGACAUGGAGCGCAGGCACAGUGAACUUCCUGAGCUGCUGCGGUGUGUCCGACUUGCACUGCUGCCUGAAACAUACCUGCUGAAGAAUGUCGCUUCAGAGGAGUUAGUGAUGUGCCACAAAGUGGGUCGGGAAAUUGUUGAAGACGCCGUGCGGUGCAAAAGUAGGAUCCUCCAGAAUGAUGGAAUUGUUACAGGGUUCUGUGCCCGGCCGAGGAAAGUGAGUCAGGCCCUGCUGCUGCUGGGAGGACAGACGUUCAUGUGUGAUAAAGUUUACAUGAUCGACAACAAGACCAAGGAAAUCACCCCGAAAACAGAUAUCCCCAGCCCCAGGAAAGAAUGCAGCGCUUGUGCUAUUGGUUGCAAGGUUUAUGUCACUGGAGGACGUGGCUCUGAAAAUGGGGCCUCGAAAGACGUCUGGGUCUACGACACAUUACACGAUGAGUGGUCCAAAGCUGCACCCAUGCUGGUUGCCAGAUUCGGGCAUGGAUCUGCAGAGCUCGACCACAUGCUGUUCGUCGUGGGAGGACACACUUCUCUUGCAGGAUCCUUCCCAGCAUCUCCAUCUGUGUCUCUAAAACAGGUGGAGCAGUACGACCCUCAGACCAACAAAUGGACACUGGUGGCUCCGCUCAGAGAAGGUGUGAGCAACGCAGCCGUUGUCGGUGCCAAAAACAAACUCUUCGCCUUUGGCGGCACCAGCGUAAACAGAGACAAGUACCCCAAAGUGCAGUGCUUUGACCCUUGCCAGAAUCGGUGGUCUGUGCCAGCUGCCUGCCCGCAGCUGUGGCGCUACACGGCAGCAGCGGUGGUCGGCAACCAUGUUGUGGUGAUUGGAGGCGACACAGAAUUCUCAGCCAGCUCUGCUUACCGGUUCAACAGCGAGACGUACCAGUGGUCAAAGUUUGGGGAUGUGACAGCCAAACGGAUCAGCUGCCAUGCAGUGGCGUCAGGAAACAGACUAUACGUGGUUGGAGGGUACUUUGGGGCUCAGAGGUGUAAGACAUUAGACUGUUAUGAUCCAUCAUCAGACUCUUGGGACAGUGUGACCAGUGUGCCCUACUCACUCAUUCCCACUGCCUUCGUCAGCACAUGGAAGUACCUCUCAGCGUAGAGACAGACGCGGUGACUCUCUGAGGUUUCUCCGAUCAGCCAUGGUGUCUGGUAUGCAGGCAUGUGUUUCCCACUUCGCAGAAGAGAAGAGAGAGGAAGAGUUUGUGUAUUCCUGCUGUGGCUCCAAGCAGCCAGAAUCACAUUAUCUUCAGCUGCGACGGCCUGGAAACCUCCCACAGACUGGAAGUCUGCGGCCUUUUUCCACCUGAUCUGUUUACUGAUACUUCUUGUGUAACUUUCCCAUGUAGCCUGAGCUGGACUCGUUGCUAUGUAUACUGCACAGACUCUCUAUAUAAAAUGCGAAGAAAGCAGACAGACUCUUCCAACGUUUCUACUGUGACUGUCUCAGCCCUGCACUGCUCAACUGACUCACUCCAUCAUCAAACCAGUAGAUUACCAGUUUAACAGACUCUAAAAGGAUACCUCGCUGACAAGACAUCAAAAAAGAAAGCCUGCUGCCUUUUGUUGUGGUUUCCCUCCCCUCCUGACACUGGGCGUUUACUCAGGUGUAAUUUAUUUGGACUGGCGUUUGGGGAAGGAGAGAAGACAUUUGGGCAAGUGUAUGAUUUUGUGCACAGAAACAAGCUUCCUGUCUAUAUUUUUAGACUUUGGACUCGGGCUUCCCUCAAUUUUGGUGAGCUAAAUUUGUAUCCUCCUCCUCCUCCACUUAAAAUACACACUCAAAAGAGACAGAAUGUGGCCUAUCAUGGCUGAAGAAGAUGCAUUUUUGGUCAUGUUUUUUUUUUUUUGUUUAAACCAUUUUGAUGUCUGUUUUGUGUCUCAGGGUUAUGUUGAGAAUUGUAUUUGUACAAGGAAGGGUAACAUCUUUUUGUCUUCUUUUUCUAAAAGUUCUGUUGUUAUGUGAAUGUAUUUUUUUGUGAUAAACUAUUUUACAGAACUGUGUCAUUGUAGAGACGAUUCUUACAUUGUUUUGCGAAGUGAAAAGUAUGGUAAUGCUCGAUAGAAAUGAUCAUAUUUAAUACAUAAAUGUUGCCAAAAUAUGAGUCACUAACCUUUGUUUCCUUUUGAUUUAAAUAACAAAGUAGGAAACAAAUACUUUGUAGCUCUAAUGUUGUUUUUUCAUGUACUUUUUCAGGACCUUUAAUGGUAGUUUAUGCUUGUACAGUUUGUAAAUGUACCUUGUCAUUCAUUUGUAGAAGCCUUUGAUUUUGCACAUUUUGUAAAAAGAAAUCUCUCCAUGGUCUUAAUUUUUUGUAUCUUUGUCUUAACCCAGCUCGGGUAGUGUGAAUUAUCAAAGAAUUUUUGUAGCAAAUGAUCCACGAUCUUUCUGUUCUGUUACAAUCUUCUGUCUGUGUGCUACUCUCUAGCUUUCCCAAUAUAUCAAAGUAUAAGCUGAAUAUACUGAAGUUGAAGUUCUUACUGAUAAACAAUCUGUUACUUCAUGUUUCUGAAGCUCAAAAGUCAUCAAUAAAUUUGUUGUAAAAAAAAUA